GGACGCUGAUGCUGAUGCUGGGGGACCCGCACAGUGAUGGAGCGGCGACGACGCUGAGAAGGAUGCAGUAAACACCCUUGUCAAUCCGUGAAGGGGCUUUUCUUACGGACUCUCAGUGUAACAGAACUUUGGGAGAUGUAUGGCAGUGCGCGCGCCGUCAGUCACAUGGAGGGCAGCCCUGCUCGCUCCCCGCGGCUGCCCCGCUCUCCUCGGUUGGGCCACCGUAGAGUCAACACUGGCAGUUCAAGCGGCAAGACCUUAUCCAUGGAGAACAUCCAGUCCCUCAAUGCUGCCUACGCAACAUCUGGCCCAAUGUACCUAAGUGACCAUGAAGCCAUCGGAUCCACUGCUACUUACCCUAAAGGCACCAUGACGCUCGGUCGGGCCACGAGUCGAGCGAUAUACGGCGGUCGUGUCACGGCCAUGGGCAGCACCCCUAAUAUCACAACUGUGGGACUCCCGCAUGCAGACCUACUGUCUUAUGGCGACCUGGGCUCACUGUCUAUGCUCCAUCACCAGGGGACGCCAUCUGCCCUGCUGCGACAGGCGGUCAGGGGUGGUGGAGGUGAAUUUUUGGAGCUCCAGGCGCAGCUACGGGACAUGCAGAGGGAAAACGAACUACUUCGCAGGGAGUUGGACCUGAAGGACAGCAAGCUUGGCUCUUCGACAAACAGCAUCAAGAGCUUCUGGAGCCCCGAGCUGAAGAAAGAACGUGUGAUGAGGAAAGAGGAGGCAGCGCGCACUUCGAUCCUUAAAGAACAGAUGCGGGUGACCCACGAGGAGAAUCAGCACCUGUUGGACGCCAGGAGGACAAAGCACCUCCAGUUGACCAUCCAGGCCCUGCAGGAUGAGUUGAGGACUCAACGCGACCUCAACCAUCUUCUCCAGCAGGAGAGUGGCUCGCGGGCCAGUGGCGGCGAACACUUCACCACCAUCGAGCUGACCGAAGAGAACUUCCGUCGGCUCCAAGCCGAACACGACCGUCAGGCCAAAGAGCUCUUCCUCUUGAGGAAGACGCUGGAAGAAAUGGAGCUGAGGAUUGAGACGCAGAAACAGACGCUGGGAGCCAGAGACGAGUCCAUAAAGAAGCUGUUGGAGAUGCUGCAGAGUAAAGGGCUUCCACCAGCCUCAGGAAGAGCAUCAGACGAGGAAGAGCAAGAGCGAGCCAGGCGUAUCGCAGAGGCCGAAGCUCAGCUGGGCCACCUAGAGGUGAUAUUAGACCAGAAGGAGAAGGAAAACAUCCAUCUGAGAGAGGAGCUUCAUCGGAGAAACCAGCUUCACCCAGACCCUGGAAAAACUAAAGCUCUUCAGACCAUCAUAGAGAUGAAGGACACCAAAAUGGCAUCCCUGGAACGCAACAUUCGGGACCUGGAGGAUGAGAUACAGAUGUUGAAGGCGAAUGGAUUGCUGAACACGGAGGAUCGAGAAGAGGAGAUCAAACAGAUGGAGGUCUACAAAAACCAUUCCAAGUUCAUGAAGACCAAGAUUGACCAGCUCAAGCAGGAGCUCUCAAAAAAAGAGUCUGAGCUUUUAGCUCUGCAAACAAAACUGGAAACUCUGAAUAAUCAGAAUUCAGACUGCAAACAGCAUAUUGAAGUGCUCAAAGAGUCUCUCACUGCCAAAGAGCAACGUGCUUCCAUCCUACAGACAGAGGUGGACGCUCUUAGAUUGCGUCUGGAAGAGAAGGAAUCUUUCCUUAAUAAGAAGACGAAGCAACUGCAAGACUUGACAGAAGAGAAGGGAACACUGGCCGGGGAGAUCAGAGACAUGAAAGACAUGCUGGAAGUCAAAGAACGCAAGAUAAACGUCCUGCAGAAGAAGAUUGAGAACCUUCAGGAGCAGCUGAGGGAUAAAGAUAAACAGCUCGGGAAUCUAAAGGACAGGGUCAAGUCUCUCCAGACGGACUCCAGCAACACUGAUACUGCCCUCGUCACGCUAGAGGAAGCCCUGUCCGAGAAGGAGCGAAUUAUCGAGCGCCUGAAAGAGCAAAGGGAGAGGGAAGACAGAGAGAGAAUGGAGGAGGUGGACUCAUAUAAAAAAGAGAAUAAAGACCUGAAAGAGAAGGUGAACUCUUUACAAGUGGAGCUAACAGAGAAAGAGUCGAGUCUCAUAGAUUUAAAAGAACACGCCUCCUCGCUGGCCUCAUCAGGUCUGAAGAAAGACUCCAAACUCAAGUCCCUUGAGAUCGCAAUCGAGCAGAAGAAAGAGGAAUGCAGUAAACUGGAGACACAGUUACAAAAGCAAGCAGAGCAACUGUUCAGUCAAAUGAACAAUCCCAAGGCCCAUGAAGUGGAGGUGCAGCAAAGCUCACGGGGGAACCCUGAAUAUGUGGACCGGGUCAAACUUCUGGAAAAGGAGGUGUCUUUCUACAAAGAAGAGUCCAGCAAAUCCCAGGCUGAGGUCGAGAGGUUGCUGGAGAUUCUGAGAGAGGUGGAGACAGAGAAAAACGACAAGGAUAAGAAGAUCGCAGAACUGGAAAGUCUUACGCCUAGGCAAACCAAGGAUCAAAAUAAAAAGGGCCCAGGCAUCAAGCUUGGUCUUCAGAUGGACAAGAAAGGCCCAGGGAAUAUCUUGCAAGAUCAACGUAAGGAUAAUCCGAUGGACAACCCAAAGAUGGAGGAGCUGAUGAAUGUUUUGGAGAAGACGAGGCAGGAGUUGGAAGCCACUAAGCAGCGUCUGUCCUCCACCCAACAGUCUCUGGCUGAGAGAGACGGCCAUCUGACCAACCUCCGACAGGAGCGCAGAAAACAGCUCGAGGAAAUCUUGGAGAUGAAACAACAGGCUCUGCUCGCUGCUAUCAGUGAGAAGGAUGCCAACAUCGCUUUGCUAGAGCUGUCCUCCUCCAAUAAGAAGAAGACACAAGAAGAGGUGCUGGCCCUGAAACGAGAGAAAGACAGACUGAUGCAUCAGCUCAAACAACAGACACAGAGCAGAAUGAAAUUGAUUGCCGACAACUACGAGGACGACCAUUUUCACCCUCACGCUCCACCUCCCCACAUGCAACCUCCAAACCUUCAUCCUCAACCCCAACCCCAACCACCGUACACGCAGCCCCAACACCCCCACCAGCCUCCUUACCCACAUGUGCCCCAUCCCCAACACCCACAACCCCCCCACCACCCUCAACACCCUCAACAGCCUCAACACCCUCAACACCCGCAGCACCCACAGCACCCACAGCACCCACAGCAGCCUCAAUACACCCACCUCCAACACUCCCAGCACCCUCAACAGCCAGGCCCACACCAGCAUCCACCUAGACCCCAACCACCCCACCCUCAACACCCUCAUCCUGGGGUCCCUCCGCAACAGCACCCCCACGGACCUCCACCUCAGCAGGGCCCCCACCCUCAGCCCAUGCCACACCCACAGCAGCACCCCUAUCAUCCCCCGCACCCUGGCCUGCAGGGCCCACAUCCUCGACAUCCUCCACCACACCAUCGGGGUCCAGGCCGUGGACCACCUCAUCCCGGACACCGAUCUGCCCCAGACCAGGAUGACGAAGAAGGAAUUUGGGCAUAACUAUUUCCAAACCAAAGCAAUUAUGUUGUUUUAUGGGACAAUUCAGUCACUAAAGGAGGAGCACAGCUAUGCCAUACAGAUGAAAUUCUACAUUGUUCACUUGGCCAAUCUUUACCUACAGUCAGAUGCAUUCUUUUGGAUGGGCCACACUUAUUUCCAUGCAUUGAGGAAAGAGGCGGAGCAUUAGUGGGAGUGGGAGGGCCAAAGCUGGAGAUGACCACCUGAGCAGUUUUUUCAGAUGAUAAAAAAUAUACAUAUAUGGAGAGGAGGUCUGGACUGAACAGGAAAACAGUCACUUGCUGGUGCAGUUCUUUUUCUAAAGACAUUUGCUUUGAAGACUCUCUCAGCUCAGUCAUCAUUAGAUGAGACACUGCAGCUGCUCCUUGUCGCCCUUGGUUUUUACAUGCAACCAGUGCAUGCAUCCAGCUGGCCCCGCCCCUUCUCAACAUUGCCUCGCCCACUCUCAUCUAGCCCCACCUCUUCAAUGAGGCAACAAGUCAGCCUGCAUACUUUCAAGACUUGAUUCUGUGUCAGCCUU